AUGGAGAAGGUGGGACGAAACCAGCAGCAGGAGACUGUUGCUCCUUUUGGUCAUGCGGUACCUAACUCUACCGAUACCCCGCAGCCCGUCAAUCCAAUGUUAGUGACUGGCAAAGACAAUGAGAUGCCUCGAAAGGAACUAUAUGGUUUCAGCCAAUCUUUAUGGAAUCUCAUCCUUCAGACGGGGGACAUUGCCGUUCUACCGACUUCAGAUGCAUUAUCAAAGGCCCGCAUGACUCUCCUUGAUGACCUUCCCGAUCGAGGAUAUGGGUUGGAACGGACGAAAGACCACUUACUUUAUGACAUUGUACCGGCAUUCAACGCGAGCAGUCUCAGUCCAAACUACUACGGUUUUGUAGUUGGCGGCGUGACCCCGGCCGCUCUGUUGGCUGACAAUGUCGUUUCGGUGUAUGACCAGAAUACCCAAGUUCAUAUGGAGGAACACUCGGUUGCCACGGACGUUGAGUUCAAAGCUUUAGGCCUUGUUGUAGAUUUGUUGAAACUGAAACGACAAGCCUGGCAUAAUGGAACUUUCACUACGGGAGCGACCGCGAGUAACAUAUUAGGUUUGGCUUGUGGAAGGGAAUAUGUGCUGCGAAAAGCAGCCCAACGACGUGGCAGUCCAAUCUAUAGUGUGGGAGAACACGGACUCUUUGAAGUCAUGCAAGCCGCUGGUCUGUCAGGAAUUCAAGUCCUUUCUACAAUGCCCCAUUCCUCAGUUGGGAAAGCAGCGGGAAUUCUAGGAAUAGGACGAUCCAACAUGAAGAGCAUCUGCACUUCUCCUAAUAACCCUCUCGAAAUUGACAUGGAGCUGUUAGAGAGGGAACUUUCAAGAACAGACAAAGCUAGCAUUGUGUGCGUCUCCUGCGGUGAGGUCAACACAGGCCAUUUCGCGACAAACGGCGGCAAGCAGAUGCGCGAAUUGCGGCGAUUGUGCGACAAGUACGAUGCAUGGAUCCACGUUGACGGCGCAUUUGGAAUCUUCGGUCGUAUACUGGAUGCAUCAGAAGAGGAAUAUGCAGCUGUCACCCGAGGAUGUGAAGGCGUCGAACUCGCAGACUCAAUUACGGCUGAUGCCCACAAAUUCCUCAAUGUGCCUUAUGACUGUGGCAUAUUCUUAUGUCGGUACGCAUCAAGCGCCCUUUCAGAGGAUGUCUUCCGCAACGCAAAUGCGGUAUACCUCAGUUCAGCAGCUAGUGGCGCCUCCCAGGUCCCAUCACCGUUUAACAUUGGUCUGGAAAACUCGCGACGUUUACGAGCACUACCCGUUUAUACCUCGCUAAUGGCAUACGGAAAGAACGGCUUCAAGACCAUAUUAGAGACGCAAAUCCGUCUCGCGCGCAUGAUUGCUGGCUGGUUAUACGAUCAUCCUGCGUACACACCUCUCCCACUCGCCGCAAGUGAAGAUGACCUCUGUGCUCAGACAUUUAUGAUCGUGCUGUUUCGCGCAAAUGAUGAGGCACUGAAUCAGCAAUUGACUAAGAAGAUCAACGCUACGUCGAAGAUGUAUGUUUCGGGUACGUCUUGGGAAGGGAAGCCGGCGUGUCGAAUCGCUAUUUCGAAUUGGAGAGCCGAUGUGUUGAGGGAUUUUGCGCUUGUCACGGAUGUGCUGGAGCAUGUUGCUUCGAAUGGUAAUUGA